CCCAAAGCUAAACGGGUAGAUGAGUGAUUAAGGGUCGAGGCUUAAAGGAGUAGACCUUCGCAGUUCGUCUAAUCUGCUCAUUUUUUCGAGAGAAGAAAGACAACUAGCAGUUCCGCCCACCGGUCUUCCUCUUCUUACUCGGCCAGGAACCUUUUCUAUACCCAGAAGGAGUUGGAGAGGGACGAUUCUUCAAACUUACACUCGCUUUCCAUCAUCUCAUUUGAUCGGUCUCUUUCGGCCCUCUCUUGUCUUUUCCACUUUACAUACACAUUCGCUUGCAUCACAACGCACAGAGAGGAAGAAAAGAUGAAGUCAUCAGACAGACUCGCGCUGCUCUUUGCAGCAGCAGCAGGUCCGGCGGCAGCCUUUACAAACACCAAAGUCGACUUCUUCAUGCGCAAGAACAUCGAUCCCAUCGUCAUCCCGGGCCAGUACAAGAGCCACAUGCACAGCUUCUUCGGCAGCGACGCGGUGAGGGUGAACAUGAGCUCGACGGCCGAGUUGCAAAAGGGGUGUUCUACGGCGCAGAACCCGAAUGAUUUUUCUGUUUACUGGAUCCCCACGCUCUACCAUGUCCAAGGCGAGACCCGAACGCCCAUCGAACCAGUCUCCUUCGUAGCCUACUACAACUUUGACAAGGACCCGGCCGAGGUGCCCAUCCCGCCCAACUUCUCCGUCGUGGCGGGCAACUCAAAGGCCUCGACGGAAGCGGACCUGAUUCCCGGUUCCGACGUGACCUGGCUCUGCCAGAACCAGGCGUUCGACGCAGGCGGGAAAGACCACGCUCAGUUCCCGCAGAGCACGUGCUCGACUUCGUUACAGGCGGUCCUCUGGUUCCCGGACUGCGUUGACGAAACCACACUCAAAUCUGCCUACUCUGCUAAAAAGACUGGAGCGUGUGCGGGUGGGAUGAAGAGGAUGCCGCAGCUGCGGUUUAGUAUACGCUACGACACCAAGAAAGCGAUACCCGAAGGAUGGAAGGGCGGGGACCCGCCGAUCGAGCUCGCGUGCGGCGGGAGCCGGUGUUUCCACGGGGACUUUGUGAAUGGGUGGCUGGAGGAGGCGGCCAAGACCAUGGUGACCGGGUUGAAGAGUAAGAGGGAGUUUGAGGCGGUGGAUGGGCCGAAUGGGAAGGCUAGGGCGGGGAGCGUUUGUAAGACGAAGGCGACGGACGCGGAUCCGGGGAAUGGGACGGGGGAUUGGGCGGAGAGUGUGAAGAUGAUGGGGGCUGGGAAGAGGAGGAGGAGGAGGAGGAGUGGUCCGGUGAGGAGGAUGGGAUUGUGAAGGUUGGAUAUGAAGACCAGAGCAUGUUGUGCU